ACAAAUUUUCAGACAAAUAAAAGUUCUUCUUCUCUUUUUCCUCCUUCUCCACUUCCUCUUUCUCCUCCUUCUCCUCUGCCUCCUCCUUCUCCUCUACCUCCUCCUCCUCUUUCUCCUCCUUCUCCUUCUGUCAACAACCCCCAAGCUGAGGAUUAUUCCCUUGAGUAUGAAGAAUACUUAGAAUUAUAUGGUUACAAGGAAGAAGCAGAUGAUUACUUUGAAGAGUAUCUAUUUCCAGAUUCAAGACCCAACUUCGUAACCACAUCUUCACCGCGUAGUCCUAUAGCAACACUUAAACCAGAGAGUCAAACAACUUCAAGACCUCUUGCUGUACAAAAUGAAAGUGCAAACCCUUCUAUCAUUAACACAGAGAACUCUUCAAGCAAGUCUAAGGAUGAGAUAAAAGAAUUGUUGGAGCAGCUUAAUGAAACUUUAGAACUGUUUAAAGGAAACGGAAAGCAAGAGACACAAUCUACAGUACAGGAGCCUGAAGUGAUAUAUGUGAAUAUCUGGAACAAUGUUGGGGGACAGCUAGAGUUGACCGGACAGCAGCCUAUGCUAAAAACUGAAUUUGAGGAGAUGAAUAAAAAAAAAGAUUUUUCAAAGCUAGCUGGAUUUAAAUCACCGUCUUCUCUUGUCAAAGAAGAAGAAGAAGAAGUAAGAACUGUUGGAGGUGUAGGAAAUCCAGGACUUUCCUUGCCAGAUAUUCCCUUUUCCCAUCAGCAUCCAUUUUUAAACCAGAACAAGAAUUCUCAGAAUAAAAGCGGUGUGAGAUUGAAUCUUCCCUCAUCUCUGGAAAGGAUUUUAGCUUCAGGUUCCAAUAAUCCUCUAAAAUCUCACAUAGAGGCACAUUGGCAACCAACCUCUAACUCUCAAAUUCUUCCACAACUCUUUAACAACCAGGCCUGGGGGAAUUAUCAACAAGGACAGGUUCAGCUUCCUCUGCAUCUAAACAAUCCAGAUUCAUUUCCUCAACCUCGUCUUCAACAAAUACAACAAGAGGUUUCUCAACAUGAACCUGAAGCUGGUGGAUCAGGUUUAUCACCCCCAACCGACAUUGCAAAAUGGUUGAUGGAAAAUUCAGAAAUGAAACCAAUCGAAUUUAGAAGAAAACCAAGUGCAUUUAAAUCCCCAGUAAACGUGAAGGCUCCUACUGCGCUUGAACUGUUUGGAAACUUUAAAACUGAAGAUUUUAACCCCCUUGAAAACUCUGCAGGAGUAUUUAAUAUCCCCAGCAGUAUUUCUAAAUUCUUUUCCGACUCGAGCAAACAGGAGGAUACUACAGCACCACCAGUCAGAAAUAUAACCGAUAUAGGAGAAAUCACAGAUAUAACAGAUAUAAGAAAUAUAACCGAUAUAGGAGAAAUCACAGAUAUAACAUAUAUAAAAGUUUAA